CUGCCACCUUGUUGACAGCUGAUGAGGUGUGGCCUGUCCCCCAGCAAACAAUUCCUAAGGGAGUGCCUCUCCAUUCACAUGGGUCAGGCUGGCGUCCAGAUUGGGGACGCUUGCUGGGAACUCUAUUGCCUGGAACAUGGAAUCCAGCCCGAUGGCAUCAUUCUCCACAGUAAACAGGAUCAGCUGGAAAACGCCAAAAUGGGGCCUAUGAAUGCAUCUUUCGAUACUUUCUUUAGAGAGACAAGAGCUGGGAAGCAUGUGCCCAGGGCCCUCUUCAUGGACUUGGAACCAACUGUGAUAGAUGGGAUCCGGACCGGGAGGCGCCGUUCCCUCUUCCACUCUGAGCAGCUCCUCAGUGGGAAGGAGGACGUAGCCAACAACUACGCUCGUGGGCACUACUCUGUGGGGCCCGAGCUCAUCGACCUUGUGCUGGAGAGGACCCGGAAGCUGGCAGAGCCGUGCAGCGGACUCCAGGGAUUUUUGAUUUUUUUAAGCUUUGGAGGUGGCACAGGAUCAGGAUUCACAUCCCUCCUGAUGGAGCGGCUCUCGGCAGAGUACAGCAGGAAGACUAAACUGGAGUUCUCUGUCUACCUGGCCCCCAGCAUCUGCACGGCUGUGGUGGAGCCAUACAACGCCGUGCUCACCACCCACUCCACCCUGGAGCACUCGGACUGCACCUUCAUGGUGGACAACCAGGCCAUCUAUGGCAGGUGUGCCCGUGAGCUCGGCGCCGAGCACCCCUCCUACACCAGCAUCAAUAGAUUGAUGGUCCAGGCAGUGUCUUCCAUCACCGCUUCCCUCUGGUUUCAAGGGCCCUUGAAUGUGGACCUGAUUGAAUUCCAGACCAACCUGGUGCCCUACCCGAGAAUACAUUUUCCCAUGACAGCCUUCGCCCCCGUCGUCCCUGCUAACAAAGCCUUCCACGAGCAUUUCUCUGUUGAGGACAUCACUGCCGCCUGCUUUGAGCCCUCCAGCCAGCUGGUCGAGUGUGACCCUCCGUGUGGCAGAUACAUGGCCUGCUGCCUGCUCUACAGAGGGGACGUGGUCCCCAAAGAGGUGAAUGCAGCCAUUGCAGCUGUGAAGUCAAGGAACUCCGUCCGGUUUGUAGAUUGGUGUCCGACUGGUUUCAAGGUGGGCAUCAACAGUCAGCCACCCGUGGUGAUGCCGGGAGGGGAUCAGGCUGGUGUCCAGAGGGCUGUCUGCAUGCUGAGCAACAGCACGGCCUUCAUGGAGGCCUGGGCCAGCCUGGAGCACAAGUUUGACUUCAUGUAUGCCAAGAGGGCAUUUCUGCACUGGUACCUCAGGGAAGGCAUGGAGGAGGGUGAGUUCUUGGAGGCCAGGGAGGACCUGGCAGCCCUGGAGAGGGACUACGAGGAGGUGGGGCAGAGUGUCUCCUGCAAGGACGGCUGGUGGAAAUGAGUAGGUCAAAGGGCCUGCUUCCUUUCUGAGCCAGGGUGUGCCUGGUGGGCGGAGUGCCCCUGCCUGGAAGAACAAACACCAAACGAGGCAAGACCCCGGGUCCCCACUAAGUUAAACAGGUCGUCCUAAGAAGGGCGUGUAUCCCUGAUGCCAGCCAGAGUCGCUCUGCUUCCUGGAGCCUGCAGAGGCUCAGGAUUGUUUCUGGGCGAGAUUUUUGUUUUUGUUUUUUUGUCAGAAUGGAAACCUAGAUUUAUCCUUUGCUUUUUUUUUUCAUUAUGAGACUGUGAAACACUAAAGUCUGUGUUGAUUCCUCCCUGUACCUGACAUGGAGACAGUGCGUGUGGAUUUUGACUGUCACUGCCCCACAUCUGUGUU